AUGUCUGGUCGUGGUAAAGGAGGUAAAGUAAAGGGAAAGUCAAAGACCCGUUCAAGCCGUGCAGGUCUACAAUUUCCCGUGGGUCGUAUCCAUCGUAUGUUGCGUAAAGGAAACUACGCAGAACGUGUCGGUGCUGGUGCUCCUGUUUACCUCGCUGCCGUCAUGGAAUACUUAGCUGCUGAAGUCCUCGAGUUAGCCGGUAACGCCGCUCGUGAUAACAAGAAGACUAGGAUCAUCCCACGUCAUCUUCAGUUGGCCAUUCGUAACGACGAAGAGUUAAAUAAACUCCUUUCAGGAGUUACCAUCGCCCAGGGAGGUAAAUCCUUAGAUGAUAGAAAGAUGACAGAUAAGUAUAUGACAGACAAGAAUAGGAAAAUUGUUUUCAAUGAAGGAUGGUUUACGAAAAGGCAAUAUUAG